AUGAUUGUGGACAAGUUUACACUAAAGAAAGAUACGAUGCCGAACUUUUCUUUCGAGUAUUUAGUUGGUGACAAAGGAGAGUUAAGUGGCUGUUUUUGGGCAGAUGAAACUUGUAAAUUGAACUACAAAGCAUUUGGUGAUGUAGUUUCAUUUGACGCAACAUUCAAAAAGAACAAGUACAAUAUGGUAUUUGUUCCAUUUACGGGGAUUGACAAUCACCAAAAAUGUGUAAUAUUUGGUGCGGGUCUACUUUCAGAUGAAAAAAAGGAGCCUUAUGCAUGGUUACUUAAUGCAUUCCUUUCUGUGCAUGGUUCUGAACCACAAAUGGUUAUAACAGAUCAAGAUUUAGGAAUGAAAGCAGCAAUAGAAGUUGUUUUCAAGAGUGCRAAGCAUCGACUUUGUAUGUGGCAUAUAAUGAAUAAACUUCCUUCAAAGAUUGGAACCCAACUUAAUGAUGAUGAUGAUGUAGGUUUUCGAUCACGUUUUAAUAAUCUUGUUUGGAGUGAAUACAUUGAACCGAUAAAAUUUGAAGAGCAAUGGAUGUCACUUUUGGCAGAGUACAAAUUGGAGUGUCAUCAAUGGUUGAGAKAUAUGUUUGACAUUCGGGAUAGAUGGAUCCCAGCAUAUUAUAGASAUAUCCAAAUGUCUGGACUCAUGAAGACAACUUCAAGAUCAGAAAGUGAAAACUACUUCUUCGGCCAAAAUUCAAAUUGGAAAUCAACACUCGUGCACUUUUUCAGUCGCUUUGAGACUGCGAUAGAUAAACAAAGGUAUACACAAAGGUUACUUGAUCAUGAGAUGAGGACGACAACACUGAUGAUGGAGACCCCUCUUCUAAUAGAGAGGCAUGCAGCAAAAGUUUACACACGUGAAACAUUUUAUGUUGUUCAACAGGAGAUCAUUGAAUCGCUGUGGACAUGUUCAGCAUUGAGUAAAGAUAUAAUUCAAGACAGGGAUAAAGAAAGAAAAGGAGAAUUUAAGAUGGCAAAUGAAGAUAAAACAUAUGAAUCUAACUUCAAUUAUGAGUUGUUAUGCAAGGUCCUUCACAACAUCCAUGUUGUUAAUGUAUGA